AUGUCACAACAACCUUCAAAGGGACAAAUAGUGAGUGGAAUCUUUGCAAGUAUUCUUGUGUUAUUGUGCAUUAUAAUAGUGUUGGUUACUCUGGGGACUUGCUAUCAAACCACAGGAACAGAAGAACCUGUUUCAGCAUGUGGAAGAAAUAAUUCACCCAAUAGAGCUCUAUUCAUUGCAUGUUUUGCUGUCGGAACCUGUUUGGUUCUUCUUUUCUGUCCGAGCAGAUUGAUAUCACUUCAUUAUUCAACCUAUGGCACGAUAAAGCCACAAUUCAAGAGUAUUUACUUUUGGUUUUUAGUGUUGCAUUUCAUUCCGAUGGUGUUGAGUAUGCCCUUACUAUUGGUAAUGGCUAUAAUUCCAGAUACAUCUGAUUUGGGAAUGCUUCAUUUGGGAGUUGCUAUUGCUGGGAUGGGAUUGUUGCUUGUUUAUGGAUUCCUUAAUUGUGUUUUGAAUGGUAUUAGAAUUGUUAGAUUAUUCUUUGGAAGAUUUUGGAUUGUAAGAUUUUGUACCUGGAGUAGGAGUUUACCAAACUGGAUCUUGUGUAUCUUGUUUACAUUGUCAAUACUCUGUAACGUUGGAUUGGUUAUUGGUGCCAUCAUUGAAUGGUUCAGUGGAAGAGUGGAAAUCUUGCUGGAGAAUGGGCUGCUGUUUUCUUAA